UUAAUUUGCACACCUGCGUAAGACAGGUAGGCGCGAGGGGAUGGCAGGUUCUGAUCAUAGCUGAGUGUGCGAGCACUUUUCUCGAGAAACACUGAGUCUUGCAGCACCUGUGUUUUCAGCUGCAGUCCUCCUGUGGCUUAGAUGGAGCAAACCGAUAAGGAGGCCACAGAGGAUACAGACAGCACGACGGACAGGAUGCCUCUGAACGCAGGUGACCCCGGAUACGGCAGCGUUCCGGCCCCCGGGCUGUCGGGCAGUGUGGGCGGUUCAGAGACGGCCCCGCUGCUCAUCCCGGAAUCUGAACCGGAACCGGUUCAGCAGUGGCAGCCCAUGACCAAGGAGGAGCUGGAAGUCGCAGCGGGGGGUCCGGGGUGGAGGAGGGUGCGUUGUUAUCUGGUCUUGCUGUUCUGGCUGGCGUGGGUGGCUAUGCUCGCCACCUCCAUCGCCAUCAUAGCGACGAGUCCCCGGCCGGUCGUAACGCCACUCAAGUGGUGGCAGAAGGCGCUGUUCUACCAGCUGCAGCCCGACAUGUUCACGGAGGCACAGGCGGAGGGGUCAAAGGGCAUAAAUGUGCUGUGUGAAGAGCUUCCCUACUUCAGAUCCCUGGGGAUAGGGGCUCUAAUCCUGGAGGGCCUGUUUGAUAAAGAGGCGUCUUCUGAAAACCUCACUGUGACUGGUGAAAGCUUGUCAAUGUCGCCUCAGAUCCAACAUCUGCUCGCAGAGUGCAAUAAAGCAGGUCUCAAAGUGGUGUUGGACUUCUGUGAACUGGAUCUAGAUGUAGCAGGAAACAGGCCAUCAAACCUCUCAGACACUGCACAGCAUGUACUGCAGUUCUGGUUGGAGCAGGGUGUGGCAGGCUUUGCAAUCUGUGACACAGAUGCGGCGUAUUCAGAAAAGACUCUGCUUGUGUGGAGAGGUGUCCUGAAGGAAUUUAGCAGUCAGCAGGACGAAAGGAUUGUGGUUGUAAAACAAACGACAACAGACAUCCUGCCUCCUCUGAGUACUUCCAGCCAGAUCAACAACACACUGGUGGAUGUGGUCAUGAGGUCAAUUCUGCCAUCUUCACAUCACCUCCUGUCUGCCCAGGAAGUGGCUGAUGCUAUAGAGACACACCUACAAACAAGAGAGAAAGAUAUAUGGCCCAGCUGGACAGUUGGAGGCAAAGCAUCUCAUGACUUGAAGAAAUUACUCCUGGUUUUGACGAUGACUCUGCCAGGAUCACCUGCAGUCCAGUAUGAUGAAGAGAUCGACCAAACACAGAAUGCUUCUGUGAAUGUUGGCUCGUUACGUGGAGAGGAGAAUGAACCAUCACACGCCCACACAGAUACGGAGAAGGCCAAGCGUUCAGCUGUAGCUCUCUUUACCUCCCUCAGUCACUCCAGAGCCAGAGAAGAAGCUCUUCUGUACGGCAGCUUCACCUUCCUCCCCUUCAACACAUCCACCAACUCCUCCUCCAACUCCACUCUUACCUCUCCUUCAUCUCCCACGAUCCUGGCCUUCCUGCGUUCCUGGGGUUGUGUCCACUUCCUCGUUCUACUAAACAUCGGGCCUGAGCUUCAUGCUCUGGACCCUGCCUGGGCCUCAAGCCUGCCCGAGGCUGGAGUGUUUGUGACCAGCACAGAAAUGGACCGCCUGGGGUCGACGUCUCUGUACAAGCUGGUGCUGCGGCCCCACGAAGCCAUCGUCAUAAAACUGUUUGAGGCAGGAAGCUACUCGUAGAGCUUCUCUGUUGUCAACUGUAUGAAGAUUUUAGGUGCUGGGAUUUGAAUUUUCUUCUCACAGAAUGACAAAUAUCACUCAAUCGUUUUUUUUAAAGUUCAGAUGUG